CCGUCUUUACGCUAAAAGGAGAAACUCACGCACUCGUUACUCCCACCGCCCACCGUAACUCUCCCUCUUCGCUAUAUCUUUCUCAAUUCUGAAACCCUUCUUUCUUAUCCGAUCAAUAAACCCUCAUUCCCACUUUUGUAUGCAUAGAGUGUGAAUUUAGCGUGUAUUCAUGUCCGAAUUUGUGCCCAAGAUGGGUUAUUCAAGGCCAGAUCUGAGUUGCAGAGUGUCGCCGGAGCCGGUGGACCACUUCGACUGUCUGCCGGACUCGCUUGUCGUACUCGUGUUCAAUAGGAUCGGGGAUGUUAAGGCUCUCGGCCGCUGCUGCGUCGUUUCGAGGCGUUUUCACGCCUUAGUACCCCAGGUGGAAAACGUCGUCGUUAAGGUAGACUGCGUUAUCUCCGACGACGGUGCCUCUUCGUCGGCGUCGGCUGACGAUGGCGCUGCCCGCAGGUCCCGCCACUCCGUUUCCUCCCUCCUGCGUCUCGCCUUCUCCGGGCUCCUGAAGCCUCUCCAGUCUUUCUCACAGUUCAUCGCCACCUCCGCUCGAUGUGACGCGGUUUCGUCGGCCCUCGGCGAUGAUGAUUUUGAUCAGGACGACGUGACUCACCACUCCCCCAGCCAGGUGUUGAAGAAUUUUAGCGAGAUCAAGUUCCUGCAGAUUGAACUGCCGAGCGGGGAGCUCGGAAUUGAAGAUGGGGUUUUGCUGAAAUGGAGGGCCGAUUUCGGGUCCACACUUGAAAAUUGCGCUAUCCUGGGUGCCGCGAAGGUGAUUCCACCAUUAAUAUUGGAAGCUAACGAUGUUAGUAAUAGCAUUCAUAUUGCUACCCUUCCCGAGCAGGCUCCGGUCAAUAAUAACGCGGCCAUUGAUGGAAAUGGCGAGAAUGAGUUUCACACAAAUGGAGGUUUGAAGAUGCGCGUGGUGUGGACAAUAAGCUCGCUAAUUGCAGCUUCUGCUAGGCAUUAUUUGCUGCAGCCCAUAAUUGCAGAGCACAAGACUCUAGAUAGAUUGGUUUUGACUGAUGCUAGUGGGCAGGGCAUUCUUUCUAUGAACAGGGAGCAGCUGGAGGAGCUAAGGGUGAAGCCAUUGUUGGCCUCGGCGGCCUCAAAGAGGACUAUGGUUCCAGCUCUUAAUAUGCGGUUAUGGUAUGCCCCUCAUUUGGAGUUACCAGAUGGGACAGUGUUGAAAGGGGCAAGCAUGGUGGUGAUCAGGCCUAGUGAACAACCCAGGAGAGAUGUGGUUGGGUCCGAUGAAAAUUCGGUUGCCUCACUGUUUGAGCAGCCUUAUGGGACAGCAGUGAGGAUGCUAAUGAAGAGGAGGACAUAUUGUCUUGAAAUGAACUCCUUUUGAAUGUUCAACCCUAGGAUAUGGAUACCCUGUUAGAUGGACUUGGAGGAUAGAGUGCAGCUUUUAAGGAAGGCGGAUUUCACACACUGUCAAAGGCGGAGAAAAAGCAAAAUUUUGUCUUUGGAUAGCAGACUUUUAGUUGAUCGAACAGUCUGGGUUUUAGAUGAGUUUACCUCUUCAUCCACCCUUCUAAAGAUCUAUAAGCUUUAUGUAAAUGUGAUUCUCCUUAGUUAAUGAAUUGAUAAUAGGAAUCUUGUUUGUUCGAGUUCAUAGUGUAUAUGCUUUAAGAAUGCACAGAAUGGAUAUGAUUAAUGUUGUAAAAUCAUUGUGCGACCUUGUCUUAAUUGACGUAUUUAGUAAUUAGUAUCCUUCUGUGAAUAUUGUAGGAUAUAGAUUUUUUAUGCUUAUGUGAUGUACUUGUGAGGUUUUUUGAGCAAUGGAACAAGCAUUUUGCACAUUC